UGUUAUGAAGCCGUGCCGUCAACCUACUCCUCUCAAAACCCUGAACCCUGUCCUCCCUGGAGCUCAAAAACGAUGGGGAAGAGAGGAAAGAGCCAGCGAAACCCUACUAAGACUAAGUUCCCUGUUGAAGACGACGACGACAUGGAUGAUGAAGUCGAUGCCUUUAUGAAACAAAGAGAUAUUGUUCCCCUGGACCUUGAUCAAGACGUCAGAGAUUCCGAUGAUGAUGAUAACGAGCAAACCGUCUUCGCUCUUCAGAAUGUUGAUGAUGACGAGGACGACGAAGACGACGAUGACAUCCCAGAGACCGGAUUGACUGCAAAAAUUGUCAGGCAGCAGAAGUAUAUGAGGGCGAAGUUUGGCGGAGGUGAGGAUGAAAUGCUUGAUGAUGAUGAUGAAGAAGAUGAAGAAGAAGAAGAAAAGCUGAUAUGGGGAGGACGGAGACCUAAAUUUCAUGGUGGCGAUAAUCGUGAUUUUGAGGAAAAAUCAAGUGACGAUGACUCCGCUGAAGAGGAAGAAAAAGAAGCGGAGAGGAUUCGGAGAGAAAAAGCAAAGUCAUCAACACUGGCAGACUUUGGGUUUGAGGAUGAUAGUGAAGAUGAGAGUAAUAGGGAAUUGACCUUAGGGGAAAUGUCAGUUCAUGGGAAAAGUGAAAAAAAGUCUCGAGCGAUAAUAGAAGUAGCAGAUGACAUGGACACAGCUCAUGAGGAGGUCAAGAAAGAUUUGAAUGCUCUGUCAAUGGAGGAGCAAUUAUCUGUUUUAAACAAUACUGCACCAGAGCUGGUUGGCUUGCUUGCAGAGCUGAAUGAUGCACUGGAAGAGCUCGAAAACAGAGUUGACCCAAUUUUAAGCAAGGUUAGAAAGGGUGAGGUCAUGAUGGAAGGAGGAAUGCGCUAUCUAGAGGUGAAGCAGCUUCUUCUAUUGGCAUAUUCUCAAGCAAUAACUUUCUACCUUCUUCUGAAGUCUGAAGGCCAACAAGUUCGUGAUCAUCCUGUACUUGCUCGCCUUGUAGAGAUCAAGAACUUAUUGGAUAAGAUGAAGAAACUUGAUGAGAAUCUUCCAUCUGAUCUUGAGGAAAUCAUAAAUAAAUACAAUGGGAUGGAAGCCGUGAUGAAAUCAGUUAUAGAGAAUGCUGCAGAAGCAUCAGAUACUUUUGCUGAAGGAUACAGGCCCCAACUUGUCUCACUUGAACCAAAAGAAGCAGCUGUGUCGCAUAACACAAUCGAGCAGGAAAAGGUGAAAUCUCUGAAGGAUAAUGAAAAGAUGGGAAAACGCAAACGUCAGAAUGAUGAAGUUGGUUUACAGAGCAUGAAAAUGUUGAAAGUAAGAGCUGCCCUUGAGGAAAAGUUGAAGCAGAAGGGCCUUUUCAAAUCCAUCACUCCAAGAACUGAUAGACCCCAGAAACAUCUGAAGCCAUUAAAUGGGAAGCUUGAAUCAUAUGAUGAUUUUGAUGAUGACCCUGCUGAAGGCUCUAACCACGGUCAUGCAAGUUCAUUGAGUGCAAGUAAAGUUUCCCAACUUGUUGCUGCUAAUCGACAUAAGUCAAAGAUUAUUUCAGGUGAUGAUGACUUACCUCAGAGAGAUGAUAUUGGGGAAAGGCGGAGAAAACAUGAGCUCCGAGUACUGUCAGGAGCUGGAAUCAAGUCUGAGGACAAUGACACUGUUUCAGAUGAUGGAGACGUUGAGAUGGAGGGUAGUGAAACUGGAGAUUCAGAAGAUGACGUUUACGAACAAGCAAAACAAAAGCGAGCUGCAAAACUCGCUGCCAAAGCUGACAUGCUUUCUAGGCCCUCCUCAGAUCCAUCUUUGCCUGAGACUGUAGAUGGCAAACGUCAUAUUACUUAUCAGAUGGAGAAGAACAGAGGACUUACUCGCGCUAGAAAGAAGCUGAUCAAGAAUCCAAGAAAGAAAUACAAGUUGAAGCAUGAGAAGAAAAUAAAGAAUCGGAAAGGACAGGUCCGGGAAGUCAAGAAGCCUGUAGGUCCAUAUGGUGGGGAGACAUCUGGAAUCAAUCCGAGAAUCAGUCGGAGUGUCAGAUUUAAGAGCUAACUUUGUUGCUGCUCUUCCCCCGCUCACCUCGAUGGUAAUCUUCAUGUUGGAGCAUUAGGAGUGUACGAGUGUAUUCUGUUAUUAACUUAAUGCCUCCCCUUUUAUUAUGACAUAAUUCAUUUUGGUGAAAAAUAGUCUGUAAUUGAAUUGUGAGAUGUGAUGGUUAUUGUUGUCUAAUUAAGUUUGUU